AUGUUUUCGAAUCCCAGUCUCAUUGGAGCCAGCUACCUGAUGCCAUUGCUCACUCAUCGCGGUCCACCGUUAAUCGAAUCCGUUCCGUGGUGUUGUUUUCCACUGGCCAAACUGCUCACCACGGAUGAACAGCGCUGUCAAUCAUUGAAUUCGACCGCCUCGCGAAGCUCCCUGCGUGAGCCAGUGAUGGAGGCUGAUCUGACUACCGGACCGGCCGUGUUGUUCGUACACGAUCAAAUGGACCCGAACACGACCAGUUUUCAUUUGAAUACCACCCCGACCGGGACUGCACCACAUCAGGUAUGCAAUGCGAAAUUCUGUAAUGGUUUCUGUAUGAGGAGCAAGUUGUUUUGCAGAUGA